AUGCCCGCCCCACAACCACCACAGAGCAAACCCGCAUACCCGCGCCCAGCGCCAUAUAACCUCCAUGGUCGACGAAAACGCAAGCGAAAGGACGCGGUGCCGCAUCCACCGCGGAAGCCCGAACCAGCCGCAAUCGACUCUGUGAUGCUCCCGCACAUUGUCGAGCGGAUCUUGGAGCUCGCACCGCACGAAGCCCUCGUGGUAUUAAGGGGUGUGAACCGUGCCCUCCGGGAGCGCGCCGAUGCGCGGCUGGCAGAACACAUUGUCCUCCGCGCACCCCAUCCCCUCAAGAUGCACGGCGUCUACAUUCACUCGCGAGGGCAGCUCCCGACAGAGUUUUACGGGUCUGUCAGUGACGACAUCAAGCUUCCCGGCUUUGCGUUUUUCGACGGUAACGCUCGCGAACCCUACUCGGCCGCGGUACAGGAGCGUGAGAAGCUUACCAACCACAACUAUAAACCGGCCCGGCCAAGGGAGCACCGCCCACUGUCACUUCCUGCCCGCCUACUUCUGAACCAAAAGGAAAGAGAAGAGAAAGAGGAGCGAGAGCGGCGGAGUAAGCUCACCGCGCGCGCGAGGGACUGGUGUCUAGCUGCUCUCGCUCACACGCGCGCUUUCGACUUGCAUGGAUUCAAUGCAAAAGUCCUCCCCAUGUUCUACGCAUUGGAGAAGCAUACGGGCAAUGUCGAGGUCGUGCGCGUCGCCAACGACUGCGGCUUACGUUCCACAGACUGGCCGGGGGAAAGCGCACAUCACUUGAUCACGUCCAUUGAUGUGCGGACGCCCUGGCCCCACUUCGCUCCUCAGCCAAGUUACUCGAUGCGAACAAUGACGUUGUUCAUCGACGUUCCAGCAAGGAGAAAGAGUGCUGCCCGGGUCCACUGUUACGACCCCUCUAUGUGUGUGAGCGACAUCACGGUGGUUUUGCGGGCCGUUCCCGCCACUUCGCCCCCUCUUCACGGUCCCCUCCAGGAGUUUGGGGUUCUGCUCUGGAGUGGCCGCGUGUAUGAAUGCGCAACAGAACCCCGAAUCACGUUUGUCAACAUCUCCAAAGACACGCAGUUCGCCGUCGGGCUGGAGCUCGAGGAUGAUCAAGGUGCCAACGGAGGCUACGAGGCGGCGUUCAUGCGUGCGCUUGAGCAAUGUGCGAUCCGCCAGUUUGAACCUCUACACUUCCCAGCGGUAGAUCCGGUGGAAGUCUUGCACCGUUGCGUACGUGUGCUGAGUAUGGAGGACUGGAUGGCCGAGGCGUCCAAAGACGACCGCGAGGCCUGCUUGACAUUCUGGUAG